GACGCUGUGUCAUAUUCGCGCUUUCUCUCACAACAGGAAGGCUUUAGUUGGAUAUUCGUAGGACAGUGUUAUUCAUAUAAUAGUUUGAGUCGUUGUACAGCAGUGUGAGACCCUUUUCUUUUGCAGCCUUUUUGUGAAAAGACAAAUAGUCAACAUGCACGUUAUCAAGCGAGAUGGACGCCAAGAGCGUGUCAUGUUCGACAAAAUCACCUUCAGGAUCCAGAAACUGUGUUAUGGACUCAACUCUGACUUUGUGGAUCCUACCCAAAUUACAAUGAAGGUGAUCCAGGGUUUAUAUAAUGGAGUCACCACUGUCGAACUGGACACUCUGGCAGCAGAGAUUGCUGCCACACUCACCACCAAGUACCCCGACUAUGCUAUUCUGGCCGCCCGCAUCGCCGUUUCCAACCUUCACAAGGAGACCAAGAAAGUGUUUAGUGAUGUGAUGGAGGAUCUUUACAACUACGUCAACCAUUUAAACGGACGUCACUCCCCCAUGAUCUGUAAGGAGACUCUCGAUAUCGUCGUCAAACACAAGGAUCGCCUCAAUUCAGCCAUCAUCUAUGACCGGGACUUUUCCUACAACUUUUUUGGCUUCAAGACUCUGGAACGAUCCUACCUACUGAAGAUUGACGGGAAAGUUGCCGAGCGCCCACAGCACAUGCUCAUGAGGGUGGCCGUCGGAAUCCACAAGAAUGACAUUGACGCAGCCAUCGAGACCUACAACCUGUUGUCAGAGAAGUGGUUCACCCACGCCUCUCCCACUCUCUUCAACGCCGGCACCAACCGCCCACAGCUGUCCAGUUGCUUCCUGCUGGCCAUGAAGGACGACAGCAUCGAGGGGAUUUACGACACUCUGAAGCAGUGUGCCCUCAUCUCCAAGUCGGCCGGGGGCAUCGGUGUGGCGGUCAGCUGCAUCCGAGCGACAGGAAGUUACAUCGCCGGGACGAACGGAAACUCCAACGGGCUCGUUCCCAUGCUCAGGGUGUACAACAACACGGCGCGCUACGUCGACCAGGGAGGCAACAAGAGACCCGGGGCCUUCGCCAUGUACCUGGAGCCCUGGCACUUUGACGUCUUUGACUUCCUGGAGCUGAAGAAGAACACUGGGAAGGAGGAGCAGAGGGCCAGGGACCUGUUCUAUGCCAUGUGGAUCCCUGAUCUGUUCAUGAAGAGAGUGGAGAGCAACCAGGAAUGGUCUCUGAUGUGCCCCAGUGACUGCCCUGGGCUGGACGAAUGCUGGGGGGAGGAGUUUGAGAAGCUCUACACCAAGUACGAGAAGGCGGGCAAGGCCAAGCGCGUGGUGAAGGCCCAGCAGGUGUGGCACGCCAUCAUCGAGUCUCAGACGGAGACGGGGACCCCUUACAUGCUCUACAAGGACGCCUGCAACAAGAAGAGCAACCAGCAGAACCUGGGGACCAUCAAGAGCAGCAACCUGUGCACCGAGAUCGUGGAGUACACCAGUCACGACGAGGUGGCCGUGUGUAAUCUGGCGUCCCUCGCUCUCAACAUGUACGUGACCCCCGAGAAAACCUUUGACUUCAAGAAGCUGGCCGCCGUCACCAAGGUCAUCGUCAAGAACCUCAACAAGAUCAUCGACAUCAACUUCUACCCCAUUCCAGAGGCUGAGAACUCCAACAAGCGUCACAGGCCCAUCGGGAUCGGCGUCCAGGGCCUGGCCGACGCCUUCAUCCUGAUGCGUUUCCCCUUCGAGAGCCCCGAGGCUCAGCUCCUCAACAUCCAGAUCUUCGAGACCAUCUACUACGCCGCCCUGGAGUCCAGCUGUGAGCUGGCGGCCGAACUCGGACCCUACGACACCUACCCCGGCUGUCCCGUCAGCAAAGGCAUCCUUCAGUAUGAUAUGUGGGAGAAGACACCGACAGACCUGUUAGACUGGAAGCUUCUCAAGGAGAAGAUUGCCAAGCACGGCGUGAGGAACAGCCUGCUGCUGGCCCCCAUGCCCACCGCCUCCACAGCCCAGAUCCUGGGCAACAACGAGUCCAUCGAGCCGUACACCAGCAACAUCUACACCCGCAGGGUCCUUUCCGGAGAGUUCCAGAUUGUGAACCCUCACCUGUUGAAGGACCUGACGGAGAGAGGGCUGUGGAACGAGGACAUGAAGAACCAGCUCAUUUCUCAGAAUGGGUCCAUCCAGGAUAUUCCUGAGAUUACGAAGGACCUGAAAGAGCUGUACAAAACCGUUUGGGAAGUGUCCCAGAAGACCAUCAUCAAGAUGGCGGCCGACAGGGGCGCCUUCAUCGACCAGAGCCAGUCUCUCAACAUCCACAUUGCCGAGCCCAACUACGGAAAGCUGACCAGCAUGCACUUCUACGGCUGGAAGCAGGGUCUGAAGACGGGCAUGUACUACCUGAGGACCAAGCCUGCGGCCAACCCCAUCCAGUUCACCCUGAACAAAGAGAAGCUGAAGGAGGCGCAGCCGGCCAUGAACGCAGAGGAGACGAAGGAACGCAACAUGGCCGCCAUGGUGUGUUCCCUGGAGAACAGGGACGACUGUCUGAUGUGCGGCUCCUAAACUUCUCCUCCAGGUUGUGUGUUGUCGUGUGUGUGUGUCCUCCCCCCCUGCUCCCAUUUACUCUACCAUCGGCAUUGAAUCACUUCCAAUGCCUUCGGCCAGCCUUGGUGCAUCUUCCGGUAGGCUGCUCUGCUUUCAGGUUUACACAUGCUCUGACUUGAGAUGAACAGGUUGUUGUUUUCGUGGCUCCGAGCUGUACAUGUGCGUCUGUCUGAUCUUCUGAUAUUCUUUGUGAACAGGUUUCUAUUUAUCGCUCUGAGGUCUGAGUCUUAAGUUGUCUUUUUGUAUAAAAUCUGUAGAAUUACUCACUGUCAACUCCAUUGUUCAUAUGUUAAUUUAAGGGUUAAUUCGAUUUCUUAAACUCCAAACGUGUAUUAAAUGAUGUAUUUUAGGAAAUAAAAUGGUGCAAUGAGAUUA